AUGGUUGCGCUCAAAGCGGCGUUGCUAUGGCUCAGCACUUCAGCUUACGUUCUUGCAUUACCAGCAAGUGACAAGGAAGCCGAGGACAAGUAUAAUAUCAAUGGCGAGCUCCUUAGCCCUAGCUCCGAUAAGAGGUCAAACAGCUAUCCAGUCUGUAAGAAUGACCGAAACUACUCGGCCCUUGAGCGCAACAAGGCCAAAGCCUCGCCAUUCUGCUCCACCUACCUCCGCUGCACAAAGACUACAACAGUGACACCCACAAUUCGCAAGACCACCACUCGAAGCGACAUCAAAACAGCUACCGUUCGGCAAACCAGUACGGUCACCACACAGAUAACUACAGUAGCCACGGCUAGAGUGACGGACACGUCUACUGCCACCCAGACAAGGACAAUUACUGCCCAGGUCACAGACACCAAGACAGAUCUAGCUACCAUUACACUCACGGACGACCGAACCAACACUGCUACGGCUCUGGCGACAAGAAUAGCAACAGUGGAAGUUACGGUUGACAUCACGAAGCAAGUUACUGACACUGUUACUAUUGAAGUAACGGACACAAUAACCAACCAGAUUACGAGCACCGUGACCGAGGAAACAACCGACACAGAGUCUAAAACGGUCACAGUAAUUUCUACCGCCCCGACCCCUAUCCAAACCAUCACUACGAACAAAUACCAUUGUUCCAUCAAUGGCUAUGGUACAUCCCAGUACAAUGUAGGCACUGGCCCAAGUAGUAGUAGCAACUUUGCCUCUUGUAAGGCGUUCUGCUCGACGAUAUCAAGCGCCGUUAGCUUUGGAUACGGCGGCGGGCAAUGCUCCUGCUACAACGCUCCAGCAGAAACAAAUACGAGGAAGGCAGCCACCCAAUACUAUUUCUCAGACCUAGCUUGCCCUUCGGAGAAUCCCCCUCCCACUAAACGCGAUGUCACGCAUCUCAACAUCCCCGACUAUAUCCCGUGCGAUGAUCCUCGAGAUGUCACCAAGGCUUGCUCGUGCCUCAUUACAAAGCCGGCCGCUCCCACUACCAAGACUGCCACCGCCCACCCAAAGACCAUCACGGCCACUGUAACAAAGUGCAAGACACUCACAGUUACCAAACCAAUGACAAUCACAAAGACGAACCAAAAGACUCUCACCACAACCCAGCACCAGACCAUCAUAAAGACAGCCUACAAGACCACUACUGCCACCCACCAUAACGAUGCGACGGUGACUAAUACUGUUACAAACGAGGUCACUGAGUAUAAUACUAUUACAAUGACUGCCUACAACACUAUCUCUGCAACAGAAUAUGAUACAGCAUACUUUACGAAUACCAAUAGGGUCUCUCAGACAGAUACAGACACUCUCACUGCCACAAACACCAACUAUGAAACAAUUACCAAUACCGUUACUAUAUCUAAGACCAGUACUGCUACAUCUACAUUUACCCCUCCCACAGCGACUGCGACAAUAACUCAGAAUGGGUUCGACUACGGGUCGUAG